AUGGUCAAUCAGAAGGAGAUUACACCCAAAAUGAGGUCUAUUCUUGUCGAUUGGCUAGUCGAAGUUGUGGAUGAUUACGAGCUUUCAUUUGAAUCCCUACAUUUGGCUAUAAACUAUGUUGACCGCUACCUGUCUGCAAAGGUUCUUCCAAAGAUUUUCCUCCAACUCCUUGGAAUAUCGUGCCUUUUGAUUUCUUCCAAGUUUGUCGAGAGGGAAGGGAUGAAAAUCAAAGAUGCAGUGGACGUUUGUAGCGGAUGCUAUACGCAAGAACAG